AUGGUUCGCAUUGAAGAUUUUGAGGGUAUGCAGUACUCUAGGGUGGGAGACGAGUCUGAGAUGCAGGAAUACGCCUUUUUCAACCAGCAGUAUGCAACCUCAACAUAUCAGAAAGAGCACGACAUGAACCCCGAUCUCAUUGUGCGACCUCAAAACGACCAAGAUGUUAUCAGAGCGGUCAAUUGGGCCAGAGAGAACAAGGUCGCCGUUGCCGUCAAGAGCGGAGGCCACCAGUACAGCGGAGCCUCGUCUACAAGCGGCAAGAACAUCCAGAUAGACUUGGGUAACACUUACAAGGAUCUGAUGAUCUUGAAGCCCAAGGAUCCAAUUGCAGAUAACCGCACACUUGUUUACAUUGGCGUCAGCAUUACUAUGAUGGACCUCAACAAGUACCUCAAGCAGACGAAGCUCUUUGUUCCCACCGGCCAAUGUGCCUACGUCGGUGUGGGAGGUCACGGCCAGACUGGCGGUUACGGACAGUUGGGCCGAAGUUUCGGCCUUUUUGGAGACAACAUCAGAACCAUCCGUAUGGUAUGCCACGACGGUGUCAUCCGCGACAUCACCAAAGAGAACAACCCUGAGAUGUUCUACGCCAUUCUUGGUGGUAGUCCAGGAAACUUCGGCGUCAUCACUCACUACAUCGUUGAGGUGUACAAAUCUAGCAGCUACCUUGGUACUGUUGCUGGACCCAACGGCUUCAAGGGACCUCACGGCAUCAAGGCACUCUGGCUCUACUCCAAGGAGGUUCUUACCACACUUCUCAAUGCCAUUGCCGAGAUGGCUGACGACCCUACAUUCCCCCGCGGCUUUGACCUCUGUGUCAGUGUCAUCAGCACAGAUUUCCCCAUGUCGACUCUGUUCAAGGAGCUCAAAGAUGCCAACGUCUGGCAGCGCAUUCAGGACCGCAUCAAGAAUGCGCUCGAAGACGACUUCCUGGAGUUGCUGAAUGGACGUUUUCCAGCCUCGAUCAUUCUGUACGCGCAGUGGUGCCCGACCAGCAAGGAGGACGUCCUGUUGGAAGACUACUCGCUUCAGUUUGGCGAGUUCGACAUGGAGAUGUCGGAUAUGACUGGGCAGUGGAUCUUCCCCAGAGCGCGCGAGUUUGACCUUCCAUACGUCAAGCGCACAUACGCGACCGACUCCACCAGCCUUACAAAGGACAAGUGGGUUGAUGCCGUGGUUGACCGCAUUGACCUCAUCUACAACCCUGAACACUGUCGGUUCAAAUCCAGUGCUUUGGAGGCAAGUACUCGCGCUUCUUCGUCAACAGAGACAACGGCACAUCCUACAGCUGGAGAGACUCGUCUGUUGUCCAGACUUUGGACUGCUUCCACGAGCCCGAUGAAGAUUCAAGAAAGCUGGCUCAAUCAUGGCAAGCCAAGAACGAUCAGAUUAUGA